CGACAGCCAGCAAAGGAGGCCAGCCAGCGCGUGAUCAAUUUUCAUUAUCGCCACAUUUCCGCUCGCGUCCGGUCGCUUUUGUGCCACAUCCCACAUUUUGCUUCAAUUUUUAGCCGAAGAAUCGUAAAUCUUUUCCGUCGCGCAACGAUGAACUCAACGGCGAACAGUUCCAUCAAGCCGGAGGACAUGACCUCGCUGGAGUACGACGUGGACCCGUUCGCCCACUUCCUGGCACACGCACCGGCCCUCAAGGACCAGGUCCGAACGAAAACCUACCGGCGAGCGAUCUUCAAGAAUCGUCACCUCUUCGAGGGUCGCACCGUCCUGGACGUGGGCUGCGGAAUGGGACUACUGUCGAUGUUUGCGGCCCAGGCCGGAGCAGCUCGGGUCAUCGCCGUGGACAGUUCCAGCGUGAUUGACCACGCGCAGACCGUCGUCGAGGAGAACAAUUUGGGCCACAUCAUUACGCUGGUCCAGGCGAAGGUGGAAAAUAUCGAGCGGCUUCCGCACGGGAUCACCCAUGUGGACAUAAUCCUUUCGGAGUGGAUGGGAUACUGUCUGAUGGAUCGGUCCAUGCUGAAUGCGGUUAUCUAUGCCCGGGAUCGGUGGCUCAAGCCGGAAGGAGGCGUGAUGUUCCCCGAUCGGUGCACACUAUUCAUAACGGCUAUCGAGGAUCGCCGUGGUCUGGAUGACCGGAUCAACUGGUGGGCAAACGUUUACGGAUUCGAUAUGUCCCCGAUUCGGAGCAAUGCCUUGACGGAACCGGUGGUGGAUGCGAUCGAUAGCAGAAAAAUCGUCACCAGCUCGUGCCUAAUUCAUGAAGUGGACAUGUACUCGGUGGAGCAACGCGAUCCAACGGAGAGCGCCGGCAUGGACAUCGAAUCCCCCUUUCAGCUGGUCGUCAAGCGGAACGACUAUGUCCACGCCCUGGUCACGUACUUCAACGUGGAGUUUACCAGCUGCCGGCACCGGGUGGGAUUCAGCACUUCGCCGCUGGGACCACUCACCCACUGGAAGCAGAUGGUGUUCUAUCUGGCUGACGACGACCACGAGGACAGCAUGGUCGUCAAGAAAGGCGAGCUAAUCCGCGGACGUUUCGGUAUGAAGUCGAAGGAGACACGCGGAAGGUACCCGGAGGCGGACUUUGAGAUUCGGGUGAGUUUCGAUGGGGAGUUGUUGCGGGUCGACAAGGAGCGCUGCUAUCAGCUGCGCUGAGCAUGUGGGGUUUGACUGGGGGGAAUGUUAUGU